AUGGCGGAGACGCCGAAAAAGAUGAAAUCCUCCGUCUCCUCCAGCCGGACCCCCAAGAGACGGCAAGCAUCCGUUUCCUCCCCGAAUCACAUCAUCGCACCCCAGACCCCGCAAAUCUCGAUGCCAGUGGCCUCCACCCUCCGACGAUCCGUCCGCUUCACACCCUCCGCACCACAAUCCCCUCCUACACCGCCUCCCCAGGCAAUUUCCCCACACUCCGCUGUCAAAACCCCGAAAUCUCGCCAGAUCGCACCGCCCCAACUUUCACCCUCCGCCAUUUCCAUAACCCCAGCAUCUCCGAAAACCGCCGAACCAAGGAGGAAGAGGAAGCUUCCAGAAGAGAAACAGACACCGGUUUCAGAAAAGAAAAGGAUCUCGAGGUGCAACAAGACUAGAAACGGUGGUCACAAAUCUAGGAGAAGGUCGUACUACAGAAAGGUGGUUUUUGAUGGGGUUGAGUUUUCAGCCGGCGACGAUGUUUAUGUGAAGAGGAGAGACGACGCCAGCUCGGACAAUGAGGAGCCUGAGGUGGAGGAAUGCAGAGUGUGUUUCAAGCCCCCUGGGAGGCAGGUUAUGAUCGAGUGCGAUGAUUGCUUGUUUGGAUUUCACCUGAAGUGUGUGGAUCCUCCACUAAGGAACGUUCCAGAAGGGGAUUGGGUUUGCAAUUACUGUAAGGCGAAAAAAUCGGGGAAAAUGGUGGACUUUCCAGAGCCGCCCAAGGGGAAGAAGAGGGCUAGGACUGCUAGGGAGAAGUUGCUCUCAAGUGAUUUGUGGGCUGUUCGUAUAGAGAGUUUAUGGAAGGAAGCGGACGGUACUUACUGGUGUCGAGCACGGUGGUAUAUUAUUCCGGAGGAGACGGCCGUGGGCAGACAAUCUCAUAACUUGAGACGGGAGCUUUAUCGGACUAAUGAUUUUGCUGAUAUUGAGAUGGCGUCUGUAAUUAGGCACUGUUAUGUUAUGGCCCCGAAAGAUUUCUCUGUUGCUGGCAAUGGUGGAGAUGAUGUGUUUCUUUGCGAAUAUGAAUACGAUAUAAAGUGGCAUAGCUUCAAGCGUAUUGCAGAGAUUGAUAAUGAUGAUGAUGGUGAAGGAGCUGAAAAGGAUGACAAUGAUGACGAUUGGGAUUCUUAUGAUGACUCGGAUUCUGCCUCAGAAGAUGACAUUGACUAUGAUGAUGAGACCAAAAUCAGUUCACUGGCUCAAGUCUCUUUAUCUCACCCAGUGGCUGCUAACUCAAGGAAGGGUAGAAUAUUUGGAUUGCAAAAGAUAGGGGCUAAGAGAAUUCCUGAACAUGUUCGAUGUCACAAGCAAACUGACCUAGAAAAGGCAAAAGCAUCACUUCUUCUUGCAACAUUGCCAAAAUCUCUACCUUGUAGGGAUAAGGAAAUGCUUGAGAUAACCUCAUUUAUUAAAGGAGCCAUAUGUGAUGAGCAAUGCCUGGGAAGAUGCCUAUACAUUCAUGGUGUUCCUGGGACUGGCAAGACAAUGAGUGUGCUUGCUGUGAUGAGACAUUUGAUGUCCGAGGUUGAUGCGGGAAGCAUAAGGCCUUACUGCUUUGUGGAGAUUAAUGGUCUCAAACUGGCCUCACCAGAGAAUAUAUAUAGUGUAAUCUAUGAAGGAUUAACUGGACAUAAAAUUGGGUGGAAAAAGGCACUCAAUUUGCUAAAUGAGCGAUUUUCAGAUGAAAAUAAUCAUGCAAAAUAUACAAAGCCCUGUAUCCUUCUCAUAGAUGAACUUGAUCUUCUAGUAACCAGAAACCAGUCAGUUUUAUACAAUAUACUUGAUUGGCCCACCAAGCCUAAUUCCAAAUUGAUUGUGAUAGGAAUAGCAAACACCAUGGAUCUUCCAGAGAAGUUGCUCCCACGCAUCUCUAGUCGUAUGGGCAUACAGAGGCUUUGCUUCGGACCUUACAACUAUCAGCAGCUUCAAGAAAUAAUUUCCAGUCGCCUCAAAGGGAUUGAUGCUUUUGAAAAACCUGCAAUUGAAUUUGCUUCAAGGAAGGUAGCUGCUGUUUCUGGUGAUGCUCGUCGUGCCCUGGAGAUCUGCAGGCGCGCUGCAGAACUUGCUGAUUACCAUGCUAAACUAUCUCCACUUUCUAGUUCAGUGAAAGUCAUGGUAGGUAUGGCAGAUAUUGAAGCAGCAAUAAAGGAGAUGUUUCAGGCUCCUCAUAUCCAGGUGAUACGAAGUUGCUCUAAACUGAGUAAAAUCUUCUUAGCUGCUAUGGUGCACGAACUUUAUAAAACAGGAAUGGGUGAAACAACUUUCGAAAAGUUGGCAAUGACAGUCUCAUGUUUCUGCUCGAGCAAUGGAGAAAUCUUUCCAGGAUAUGAUACACUCUUGAAAGUCGGAUGCAAGCUUGGGGAAUGCAGAAUUUUAGUGUGUGAAGCCGGCUCCCGGCACAAAUUGCAGAAACUACAACUCAACUAUCCAAGUGAUGAUGUUACAUUUGCACUUAAGGAAAGCAAAGACCUGCCAUGGCUGACCAAGUAUCUCUAG